AUGGGCAGCCUAUUUAGUCAACCGCCUGUCUCUACAUUUGCUGCGUUUGGCCCACCAAGUACCCCUGCGUUUGAUUUACCGGGUGCGUCUACAUUUGGCAGCCCGGGUACCAGGGGACUAGGCGCAAUUGUUUCAAUGCCACUGGCAACACAAACACCUAGCUCGGCCAUGUUCGGCAGCUCAAGUACUAACUCAGGAUCCGCAUCCCUAGCCAGUUGCGGCUUAUUCGGUAGCUCGAGUGAGACGGCGAGGCCCGCGUGCGCGCCCAGUGCUGGUGGUCUCGGCGUAAUUGGUUCGGUGCCACCACCAAAGCAAUCAUCCAGCUCCGUCCUACUCGAUCGGCCAUGUGCGAAUACAGUGCCAGCUCCCUCGGCUGGUGGCAGUCUAUUCGGCGGCCAAAGUGCCAAGACAGGGCCAGCGGUCCCAUCUGGUUCCAGCAAGUUCGGGAGCUCGAGUGCGAAUUCAGAGUCAGCAUCCUCAUCCACCUCCAGCCGCUUCAGUGGAUUGAGUUCGAGGGCCCUGCCAACCUCCUCGCCCAGCGAACACUAUGUCGAGGAGCAUUGGACGUUGGUCCUCAUCAGUCUUCGAAUUUUUAAAUGGACUCUGGAACUUGGGUGA